AUGGUUAAUAGAGAUCAAAAUGCAGACGAAGUCAUCCAUAGGGUUAGACAAGAUAUCAUGGUGGCUGAGAAUAACUUGACUACCAUGAUCGAAAGAAUCAUUGCCAAUAAUGACCUGAACACAGGGCUUCGACACUCAAAUUAUACAUCCCCUAUAAUGGACUUUAUCUCACAAACAGAACUACCAAGAGGGGAUUUGGCAAAUAGUGAAAAUCUAAGAAUAAAGUAUUUUCAUAGUUCAUCAACAAAAAAUGCAUUUACAUGGUUCACUACUUUGCCACCAAACUCUAUAGAUGCAUGGCCUCAUCUAGAAAGAAUGUUCCAUGAGCAAUUUUGCAUGGGGGCGACUAAGAUAAGUCUUAAAGAAUUGGCUAGCAUUAAAAGAAAGUUUACUGAACCUAUAGAUGAUUAUCUGAAUAGGCCCCGUUUAUUGAAAUCUAGAUGUUUUACAGCUGUACCUGAACCAGGUUGGUCGAAAUGGCCGCAGGAUCUAAUACAAAAUGCUAUCAAGGAUGUUCGUUUGAAGUUCGCUGAUAAGGGCAGAAGCCACAUGAAGGUUGAUGUUGAUCCUCUCCAUGUUGCUGAUACCAACUAUGUAGAGCUUGUCGAAAUCAACAUGGUGGACAUGAUCGAGGCUGGAGAUGAUGAAGCUAAGAAGGUGAAAAUUGUCUCGGCAGGAAAGCAAGCUACUGAAAGCCUAAAUGACAACAUGACCUUCAACACUGAUGUCGAAGGUUCCUCUGUAGGAAGGUUUGAACCAAAGGUUACUGAAGGCCUUUUUGGAAAGACAAGUGAGGCUACUAAAAGCCUUAGGGUGAAACUUGAGAAAAUAAGAAUUUCUGAAACCCCAACCUUGGGGGUCAACAUGGUGAAUCUGGAUCAACCCAUUCCAGAAAUGGAAGAAUUGGAAGGAUGUCUGAUGAUGGAUAAAUAA